UUUAAACUGGGGAUACUUGCCAAAACGCCGUCUGAGACGCCACUCGUGUUAAACGAUACGAAUUAUAUUUAUAUUCAUUGCGACCGGUCUGAGCACAUCGUCAGAUUCACACACCUCGAAAGAUGUCGUGCGCGCGCGCACCACUUGUAAAUAAAGCAUAAAUAAACAUAAACAAAUGAGAAAGUAGCGCAAAGUAGUAAAUCAGUGAUAAAGUAAGAAAAAAAUAUAUGUGAAAAUGGCCAAUAGCUACAAUAUGAAGGAAUUCAGUUCUACAGCAGUCAUCACCGAACAUGGCGUCUACCCGUCGAACUACUCUAUAAACACAAUGACCACAAAAUGCAAAGAAAAAGAUGUCGAAGUAAGCGCUUACGAUCCUUUCCAGAAUAGAAAAUUAGAGCAUCCUAACUCAGACGUCAGAUCAUUCGCCAAUCUUCUGAAGUCGUCUUUAGGCUCCGGUAUCUUAGCAAUGCCGGCUGCCUUCAAAAACGCCGGUACUGUGGUGGGCGUUUUUGGUACUAUCAUACUGGGAUAUAUUUGUACACACUGCGUCUAUUUGUUGGUAAAGACUUCACAGGAUGUUGCGAGAGUCUCAAAAGUUCCAUCUCUGGGCUACGCAGAAACGGUUGAGGCUGUAUUUGCAACAGGUCCUCGAUCUCUAAGAAAAUUAUCUAAAACAGCAAGGAUAUUUAUAGAUUGGGCAAUGGCGUUCACCAUUCUUGGCGCCUGUGCUGUCUAUGUCAUAUUGCUGGUGGAAUCUGUGAAACAGAUUGUCACAUAUUAUUACGAAGACAAUGGCUAUACAGAUACAAUAUACUGCCUGAUGUUUCUGGUUCCGAUACUAAUUUUCACACAGAUCAAAAAUUUAAAGUAUCUAGCACCAUUUUCUGGAUUCGCCAAUAUUUUGCUAGUCGCCACUUUCCUUAUUUGCUUGUACUACAUAUGUGCAGACUUUCCGAGUAUUGAUUCAAGACCUAUGUCAGUGGACGUCGGGAGGUUGCCAUUAUUUAUAGGUACAGUUAUAUUUGCUAUGGAAGGCAUCGGAGUGGUUCUGCCUGUUGAGAACACAAUGGCAAAGCCCCAACACUUCCUCGGCUGUCCGGGUGUGCUCAACAUAACCAUGUCUAUCGUCAUCCUGCUCUAUAUGAUCAUGGGUUUUCUGGGCUACAUUCGCUAUGGCGAUGAGGCGGCUGGAAGCAUUACUCUUAAUUUGCCUACGAAAGAAAUUCCGGCCCUGAUGGCAAAGUGCUUCAUCAUCGUAGCUAUUUUCUUCACGUACACGCUGCAGUUCUACGUGCCCAUGGAGAUAGUGUGGCGCAACACUAACCAACAUGUCUCACAGAAAUACCACAACAUUGCCCAGUCUAUUAUGCGAGCUGUGUUCGCUAUUCUAACUGUGAUUGCAGCAGCAACGUUGCCCCGUCUGGAACAGGUCAUCGGCCUGGAGGGAGCGUUCUUUUAUUCGUUCCUAGGCCUUAUAGCACCAUCACUGAUUGAUCUCAUAUUCUGCUGGGAGAGAGGUCUCGGAAAGUACAAUUAUAUCUUAAUUAAAGACGUAUUGCUCAUCGUAUUCGGAACAUUUGUACUGGUAACAGGUGUUAUGCAAAGUAUUAGAGAAAUUAUACGUAUUAGUGAAUAAAUUUAAUUUAUAGUAAGAAAUAUAAAAGGUAUGCCUAAAGAUCAAUAGUAAAAUACUGAUAAAGGGGUACACGCCCUACCAUCUGGUAAAAAAUGCAAUAUUUCUGAUACAACAAUAAAAUAUUAAGCAAUGUGUACAACAAAUUAGAUCGUAGAUCUUUUGUAUUUAAUAUC